AUGCACAGUGUGCUCCCACCGGAUAGAGUACGAAAGCUUCUGUCAUGGCGACGGCACCAUAACUUCUUAAACCCAGAAGAAACCCUGGACAACGAGUCUGACCCACCCUUCUCCCCAAUCAAGUUGCAUUCCCCCAAAUCAAAGUCUGCACCAGAACACAAGAAGAAGAAGGAGAACAGUAAACUCAUUGAACCCGCUGAGAAAGCGCAACUCCCAGUUCACUCUGACCUUUCAUUUGAUUUCCAGUACUCUUACUCAGAGACUAAUCAAAUGGUGAAACCUAUCAGUUUCAGGGAGCCGAGGUUCUCUACUUUUGGUCCCGGGAGACUUGACCGGAAGUGGACUGGUUAUUCGGCUCCUAUGUGUGGUGAAGUAAAAAUCCAAGUGGAGUUAAAAGAUGCUCAGGGGAGUCCCCUUAGUGAAGAAGAGAUCGAAGAGCUGGUCGAGAAGUAUGGACAUGACAAUUGCAAUAGCCAGAUCAACCUUGGUAAAGGGGGAGUAACACACAAUAUGCUAGAUGACAUCCAUAACCAUUGGAAGAGAGCUGAAGCUGUAAGAAUCCAGUGUUUAGGAGUGCCCACCGUUGACAUGGACAACAUUAUUUUUCAACUUGAGGACAAAACUGGUGGAAAAGUCAUCUCCAGGAGAACGAAUGUGCUUCUUCUAUACAGAGGCCGGAACUAUGAUCCAAAGCAACGACCCCACAUCCCUCUGAUGUUGUGGAAGCCCCUUGCCCCUAUUUAUCCAAGGCUUGUGAAGAACAUUGCUGAUGGCCUUACAUUUGAAGAAACUAAGGAAAUGAGAAACAGGGGACUCAAUAGUCCACCUAUCAUGAGACUCACUAGGAAUGGUGUGCAUGUGAAGGUGUUGGAGAAAGUUAGGGAGGCUUUCAAAUUGCAAGAAGUUGUGAGAAUAGACUGCAGAGUAGACACCAGUGACUGCAAGGAAAUUGGAGUGAAGCUAAGGGUAUGGCACUAUUUUUCAGGACAAUGGAAGGCAAUUGGGAUGCUGCAGCGUUAUUCCGGGACUAUAUACAGCAUUCAACUGUUCAGAAAGAAUUGAAACUGCCAUAGUUUUCAUCAAAAAUCUCGAACUUGGAGGUCAACUCGGUCACUGCGAAAGCCAUGUCAACUUGCUGGUUAAACAGUUUACUGGAUUUGGUUCCUUGUGUGCCUCUCUUAUCAAGAAUGGUCAGAUUGUGCUUUGGAGGGGGAGAAAGGAUGAGAACUCCAACACAGUGAAUCAGAAGUCAGACACGUGAGAUUCCUUUGCCCCAAUUUGUAAGCUGCCCAAAAUGCUUACCAUUGCUGAGCAAAUGCUCUUUGGCUGUUCUUUCUAGUCUGACAUUGUCUUUUGCUGAGAUUCAUUAAAAUUUCCCAUCUCAAAUGCUUCCAUUCCCAUGUAUUGGGACUGAUUGCUGGGAAGCGCUUCUACUGAAGCUGAAUUUGCAGAUAUGGUAAACAGUUGUUUACAGAAAGCCCAGGUGUCAAUUGGCAUAUCAGUUAAGCUAAGCUGAGAGAGAGAGAGAGAGAGAUGCAUAUUGGAUCUGCAGUUCGAUAUGCAAUAUUAUUGGUUUAAUGGAGAGAGAGAGAGAGAGAGAGAGAGAGAGAGAAACAGAGAGUGGGUGGGACUGCUUAAUGGGUACCAGAGCUGCAGAGAGUGGAUAUGGUUUUUCUAUCAAACUGAUCUCUAGAAAGAGAAUUAUUUUCUCAAGUUUCCUGCCAAUCAUUGCACCGGGUUAAGAAACUGAGUGCACUUGUUUGGUUUUGGUAGAAUAGUGUCUUUGUGGCUUCAGGUCAAUUGGUGCAACAUGCAUAUUGUACAAGGGAUUUCAGCAUGCAGAGCAGAUGAUUAGCUGCUGAUUUCAAGUGAUGUUUUCAGUAAAACUGUUCUAUGUGAUCAGAAAAGUACGAAGAAUGUUUGUAUUUUUUCCCUUUCCCCCUCAACAAUGAUACUUCUCAGUCUUUCAGCCCUCAGGAAAGUAUACAUUUUCUCAACAAUGGAUCUGUUAACCAAUCAAAGAAAAAACAGUAUGAGAUUUCUCUAGCAAUGUUUUCGGGAAAUUUACGUCCAU